AUGGCGGCCGAGCCUCACGGCCGGUACCUUUUCGCGGGCGACGUGGAAGGUCGCCUGAAUCUGCUGUUCAAACGAGCCGCUGCGGUGAACAAGUCCAACGGUCCUUUCGACUGUCUCUUCUGCGUCGGCGCUUUCUUUCCGCCCUCGGAUCCCGCUACCGCCGCCGCAGGCGGAGCGGGCGGCCAAUCAGAGUUGGAGGAUUACAUCGCGGGGCGCGCCAAGGCGCCGCUUCCGACGUUCUUGAUUGGCGACAUUGGAGUCGGCGCGCAGCGACUGCUGGAGAUUGCUGUGCGUGGAGGAGGAGGGGCGGCGACGCGAAAAGAAGGGGAAGCAGCGGAGGAGAAAGUGAAAGAGGAAGGAAAGGAAGAACAGAAGGAGGAAGCAGAAGAGGGAGGGAAAGGGGAGGGGGAGGAGAAAGGGGAGGGAGAGGACAAAGGCCAGAUGAAGCCGUCCCCUCUCUGCCUGCCUCCUGGAUCCAAUCCGCCCUACCUGUCUUCCACCCCGCCCCUUCCCUCCCUGUUCCGCCCCACAGGCCUCAAGGUGGCCUAUCUGGGCGGCAGAUACGAUCCCGCCACGUACCUCUCGGGGCAGGCGGGCGGCACGGGGGCAGCGGAAGGGCGGCAGGAGCGGGCGGCAGUGGAGGCGCUGGUGGAUGCGGGGGCGGACGGGGCGGCAAUAGACGUGCUGCUGACCAAUGAGUGGCCCAAGGGGGUCGCUGCUCUCACCCACCCCUCCCUGCUGCCCUCGCCUCCACCCGCCACGUCAGCGUCGGCGCCUGCCAGCGUGGACUGGGCGGGGGUGGGGUCGCCUGUUGCUGCCACGCUGGCCAAGGAGCUCAUGCCACGCUACCACGUGGCUGGUGGCGCGGGCGCCUUCUUUGCCCGCCCGCCCUACAUCAACUCCUCCGCCGCCACAUCAGCAGAAGACGCCUCCACGUCAGCAUCCGGCCCCGUGACGCGGUUCAUAGGUCUAGCCCCGGUGGGCAACAAGGCGAAGCAAAAGUUCCUCCACGCGCUCUCCCUGCGCCCCGCCUCCUCCCUCCCCCUCUCCGACCUCGCCGCCCGCCCCCCCGAUGCCACCCCCUCCCCCUUCCUCCCCCGCCCUACAUCCGCCAAGAAUCAAAUCUGGACCGGCAGCCUCGCCGCCCCUGACGGUGCCGCCCGGGCUGCUGCCGCCGCCGCCCAGGCGAAGGCGGAGGAGACCGCUGCGAAGCGCACCUUCUGGGAAAGUUCCGACGGGGGGAAAGGAGGGGGGGAGGGGGCGGUAAAGCCUGCAUGGGCGCUAAAGGUGGAGGAGGAGGAGGCGCGGGGGGCGGGGGGGGCGGGGGAGGGGGAGCAGUACUGGCGGUACGCUGCCGGGAAGAAGAGGGCACGGCGGGACGGUGGGCCGGGGGGAGGGGGCAGGGAGGGGCCUCAGGUGUGCUUUGAGCUGUCAGGCAAGGGGGUGUGCUCGCGGGGCGAUGCAUGUCGGUUCAUGCACACUCUAGAGGACGGGUCACCGCUGCCUCGCAACCUGUGCUUCGAGCACUUCAGCAAGGGCACCUGCAGCCGGGGCACGGACUGUCGAUUCAGACACUCGCUGGCGGGUGGGGAGGCGGGGGGAGGAGCGGGGGAGGGGCAGGGGGGAGGCGGGAAUGCUGCUGCUGGCUCUGUUGCUGCUGCCGUUGCGACGGCUGCUGCUGUUGCUGCUGCCGCUGGCGUGGGGGGCAGCAGUGGCGGAGCAACAGACCUGCCCAAGGGCGUGUGCUUUGACUUGGUGCGGCAGGGCAGCUGCACUCGCGGCGACACCUGCCGCUUCGCCCACUCGCUGCCCUCCACCUCGCCCGGCCUCCUCGCCACUCCCCCUCCCCUCACCCCCGCCUCCCUCGCCGCACUGCUUGCCCCGCCUGCAGCAGGGGCCCCGGCAGGGGGCGCAACGGGGGGAGCUGGGGGAGCAGGGGGAGCAGCGCCCCCCACCCCAGCGCCAUGCUGGUUCUGCCUGGCGUCCCCCAAAGUGGAGACUCACCUGGUGGUAUCGGUGGGCGAGCACUGCUAUGUCGCCCUACCCAAGGGUCCCUUAGUGCCCGGCCACGUGCUCAUCCUCCCUAUAGAGCACUUCCCUAGCGUCAUCUCGCUACCAUCCGACGCGCUGGCGGAGAUGUGGCGGUACAUGGGAGCCCUGAGGAAGUGCUUUGCGGCGCAGGGGCACACCGUGGUGGCGUUUGAGCGGUUCCUGCAGCUCAGAGCCGCCACCCACGCGCAUGUCAAUGUGAGUGGGAGCGUUUUGGACGAUCUAAAGAGGAUUAGCUGCGCAUUGCAGGUGGUGCCAUUCCUCCUGGCACAUGGCAUUGCACGUGGUGCCAUUCCUCCUGGCACAUGGCGCUCCCUGCCUGCUGGUGUUGAUGUGACUUGGCCCCUCACCCACCUCCAAUGCGCUCUCCCAUCCUUUCUUCCCCACUGCUCACUCCUCUUCCCCCUUUGCUCACCAUGCGUGCAUACAUGGCAGGUGGUGCCCAUCCCCCAGGACAAGGCGGACCAGGUGUUACCUGCCUUCACUGCCGCUGCUGCCUCCCACAACUUCCAGUUCGCCUCCGUGCCAAAACCACCUGCAGACGGACAGCACAUGGCGGUGGUGGGCGAGGUGAAGAAGCAGAGCCGCGGCGGGCAGUACCUCACAGUGGAGCUGCCCGAUGCCUCGCUGCUCGUGCACGCCAUCGACCGCGGUGCCAAGCUGCCCAUGCAGCUGGGGCGCGAGGUGGUGGCGGGGGUGGUGGGGGUGCCGGAGAGGGGCGACUGGAGGGCGUGCAAGGAGACAGCGGAGGAGGAGGCAGCCAUGGCUGACGCAUUCAAAAAGCAGUUCCAGCCGUUUGACAUCAUGGGGUGA